AUGCACUCCGGCACGGCGCUCUCGAACGCCUUGUGCCUGGCCUUACUGGCAUUAAUAUCGACAACUUCAACAGCAUGGAAACUCCCUUUUUUUAAUUUUCAACAAGAAAAUGAGGUAAGAGUUGAGACAAUGGCUACAAAAAGGUUAAAAAUUAUAUUACACAUGAUGACAUUUCAGAUCUCUCUACACCCUCUUUCACCUCCAGAAGAUAACCUCCGAUUCAAACGUCAGACCUACCAACUUAGUGUGAAUGGAGAUGCUUUCGUUACAGUAGACAAAUACGGCGGAGGCCAAGCCGAAUCCGGAGCUUGGGGUCCUUGGACUCGGGAUGGAGAAUGCUCGAGAACUUGUGGAGGUGGGGUUCAGACGGAGAAAAGACUUUGCAAGUAAGGUGUCUGAAUCAAUUUAAAUAUUCUUCCAGUGGUGAUUGCUCUGGCCCUUCAGUCAGAUAUCAGUCUUGUAAUCUCGAUUCUUGCCCCGAAGAUUCUCAGGAUUUCCGUGAAGAACAAUGCGAGACUCACAAUGACGAUGUCCUUGAUGGAAAGUACUACAAGGUAUGGUGCAGGGGUGAUGUUUGUAUGACGUUAUUUUAGUGGGUACCCUUCAAAGGAUCCAACAAAUGUGAAUUGACUUGCAAACCCCACAACGAAUCUUUUUAUUACAAGUGGGCGGACAAAGUUGUGGAUGGCACCAGAUGUGAUCAGACUUCUGAUGACAUUUGUGUUGAUGGAAUCUGUCUCCCAUUGGGCUGUGAUGGAAAAUUGGGUUCAGGUAAGUAAUUGUGUAAUCAUUCCUUGCGUUACGCAACGACUUCUUAUAUACCUGUUUUAGUGGCCAAAGUUGACAAAUGUGGAGUCUGUAAUGGUACAGGGAACACCUGUAAGAGUCAGGAAGGCCUUGUGAAGGAGUCCGGUCUCUCCAAAGGCUACAACGACAUCAUUGUUUUGCCUGCCGGGGCGACCGCUAUUCGGGUGGAAGAGACCCAGCAGACCAGCAACAGUCUCGGUGAGUUUUAUUUAUUUAUUGUUUAUGGGACCCCUUUUUGUUGUAAUUGAAUCCGAGUGUUCGGAAUAAACUCUGGGCAUCUGUUUCGAAUAAAUCGCCAAGAGGGAUUUGCAACUUUAUCUCGUUUUUCUUUUUUGCACUCCCAAAAAAUGUGCCAAGGGGCGGGGCGAAAUUUGAGAAGGGAUCUAUUUCAAGAUGAUACCAUUUAAAAAAUUGGGCCAGAUAUCUAUUAAAAACAGCGAUCAUUACCUAUUCACAGCUCUCAAAAACGAAUCCGGCCAUUAUUUCCUGAACGGAAACAACAGAAUCACCUUGGGAGAUCAAGAAGUCAUCGCUGGGGGUACUGUCUUCAAAUAUCAAAAACCCAAACCAGAAAGUGGAUUGGCCGAGUCUUUGACUGCCAAGGGACCCCUCAAGGAUGACAUCACCAUCCAGUUGUUAUAUCAAGGCGGAUCUACUGGAAGUUCCGUUAAAUAUCAAUUCUCGAUCCCUCUGGAUGAAGAUAUCCAAUUCGUUUACAAGCCUGGAGAGUGGUCCGCUUGUUCUGUAUCCUGUGGAAAGGGAAUCAAGACUCGUUCCGCCUUCUGUACUGACGCCAAGACCGGGCAAAAAGUUGGUGACGAAGUCUGUGAAGAGAACAAUGCAACUCGACCUGACAUCGAGAAGCCUUGCGUUACAGUAGAUUGUGAUGCGGAAUGGUUUAUCGGUGACUGGGAAGAAUGCUCGGACACUUGUGGGGAUCACGGCCUCCAGUACCGUGUCGUAUAUUGCCACAAAGUGUUUGCCAGUGGCAAGAGAAUGACUGUCGAUGACGAGAAUUGCACUUCGGUGGCUCGGCCUGCUGUUCGCCAAACUUGCAAUCGCUUCUCAUGCCCCGAAUGGCAUGCCGGUCCAUGGUCUGCCUGUUCCGAGAAGUGUGGAGAUGCCAAGCAAUACCGGUCGGUGACUUGUCGCAGUGAGAAGACGGGAGAGGAAGGCAAGCUUCUUCCCGCCGACGCCUGCCCUCCUGGGGUUGAACUGGAGACCAUCAGAUACUGUAACCUCGGUCCAUGCGAGGGUCUUCAUUUCGUGACUACCGACUGGGACCUCUGCGAGCGAUGCACUGACACCGAAGAGACCAGAAAUGUGACUUGUCAAGAUCAAACUGGACGUCCCUAUCCUCGCGAGAAGUGUCUGGAUGACAAGGUAACCGAGAUCCCUCCGGAUGUCAGACCUUGCGCCACAGCUUUGCCUUGUAUCUAUCAAUGGCAUGUCUCUGAAUGGAGCAAGUGUAGCACUGAAUGUGGGCAUGGCCACAAGGACAGAAAAGUGCACUGUGCUUUGAAUGAAUUGGGAACCAUUAAAGUAAGGAAACAAAAAAAUAACAGGCUCGUUUAGAUAGUCGAAGACAACUUAUGCAGCAGUGAGAAGCCAAAUGUCACCGAAGAAUGUAUCAACGAAGCCAAAUGCACCGGUACUUGGUAUACUGGUCCAUGGUCGAACUGUACUGUGGAGUGUGGAGGAGGAAAACAAGAUCGAUUUGCUGUUUGUCUCAACUACGACAAGAAACCAGUCCCAGAAUGGUGCGGAGAAGAGACCAAGCCAGUGGAGACCCAGGAGUGUAACGUGCAACCUUGUCCCAGUAAGUUGAUUUGAGUCAUCAUUACCCUCAUUCAGCUUGUUUCGACAGCGACUUCGGAUGCUGCCCAGACAAUGUGACCUUUGCCCAAGGCGAUUGGUUCGAGGGAUGCUCCAACUGCUCCCUCUCUGAGUUCGGAUGCUGUAAUGAUAACAUCACUGAGGCUACUGGUCCCAAUUCCCUCGGAUGCGACGAAUAUAUCGAACCUGAACCAGCCAGCGGAGAGGAACCAGAAACGGCGGAAAAGAAGGAGGAUGCCGAGAAGGAGUGCGAAGUAACCAAUGAAGAGACUGGAGAAGUCGCAAGCAUCCUCUGUGCUGCUGCCAACGAGACCUUGGAGAUUGCUGAUCUGCUGCUGGGAAAUGAGACCGAGGACGGGAAUGCCACCAAACAUUGCUCGAAGACGGAAUUCGGAUGUUGUCCUGAUUGGUACACUCCAGCUGAAGGGAAAGACUUCCUCGGUUGCCCUGAAUUCAUACUUGGAGCUUGUAACGAGACACAACAUGGAUGUUGUCUGGAUAAUGUCACCUUGGCCAGAGGUCCCAACUUUGAGGGUUGCGGAGAACCAGUGUGUGCUGCUUCUAGAUUCGGUUGUUGCAAAGAUCGAAAGACCAUCGCCUUCGGUCCUCAUUAUUUGGGAUGUGAAAGAUCGGCCUUCCCUUGCGAAAACAGCCAAUUUGGAUGUUGCCCUGAUGGUGAGACCGGUGCUCUUGACAAGAAUAACACUGGUUGUGGGGUCCAAUGCCUCCUUACCAAAUAUGGAUGCUGUCCUGAUGGAACUACCGUAUCGAAGGGAGUCAACAACGAAGGCUGUGGUUGUGAGUACAGUCAAUAUGGAUGUUGUCCUGAUGGAAAAUCGUCAGCUAAGGGAGCUGGAUAUUAUGGAUGUCCCGAGAGUUGUGCCCAAAGUCAGCAUGGAUGUUGUCCUGACGGAAAGACAGCUGCCCGCGGCCCCAACAAGGAGGGAUGCCCUUGCCAAUACACCCGAUUCGGAUGCUGUCCAGACGGGGAAACAACUGCUUUGGGACCCAAGAAGGAGGGAUGUGAUGACUGUAGAUAUGCCAAACACGGUUGUUGUCCUGAUGGAAUUACCAAAGCUCUGGGUCCAAAUGGAGCGGGCUGCCCAACAACUACCAAGCCUCCAUUCAUUGUCGCCGGAACUGUUGCUCCUGCCAAGAUUAGUAAGUUUAUUGUUAGUGCUGUCUUCGUUAUCCCGAUUUUUGAUUUACUUAAGGAUGUCUGUUUAGUUGCUUGCAACCUGCCACAGGACAAGGGAGAACUCUGCCAAGCUCAGUAUGCUCUCAGAUGGUUCUACGAUUCCGUUGAAGGUCGCUGUUCACAAUUCUGGUUCGGCGGAUGUGCUGGAAACGAGAACAACUUUGCCAGUAAAGAAGAAUGUGAGACUGUCUGUGUGGAACCCCCAGAAUUGGGGAGAUGUUAUCUGCCCAAAGUGGAAGGCCCACAGAAAUGUAAUGACCUCAAGCCCCGCUACUGGUACGACUACACCACCAAGCGAUGUGACGCCUUCUGGUGGCGUGGAUGCCUUGGAAAUGCCAACAACUUUGAUUCCUGGGAAUCCUGUCAAAGAUUCUGUUCAAAUGUUGGUCCCACUACGACAAUCUCCCCUCCCACCGCCGAUCCCUUUGCCCGCCAACGAGAGUACGAACAAAGAAGACAAGAAGAAGAUGCUCGCCAACGAGCUGCCCAAACUCAACAAGGUCAGACAGGUAAGUAGUUACAAUCAAGUUACCGUAACACAAAUUAUAACACGAUUUGAUGUUCUUGUAUGCACUAACUUUGUCUGUGAUAUUUGUGGUUACAUUAACAGAAGAAGAAGCCAGAAGAAGAGCUGAAUGGGAACAGCGUCACCGUGAUUACUUCGAGAGUGUCAAAAAACAGAAAGAAGAAGCUCAACGAAGACAUGAACUUGAUCGAGUUCAACACACCGCCAGGAAUGAUCCUGUUUGUUCUCUGUUGGUUAACAGCGGUGAAUGUAACAGUUACGAGGACAUGUGGUACUUCAAUGUGUUCAACCAAGAAUGCCAUCAAUUCAUUUACAGUGGUUGUAAUGGGAAUGAGAACAGAUUCAAGAACAAGGCCGACUGUCUGAACAGAUGUGGCUAUUUAAAACAGAAUAAGACUCAGCCUCAGGUCCACAGUGAGUAGAAUCACAUGCCUGGCUUCACUCUGUGAUCUGUCCUUUUAUAACUUUUACUCACAAAACAUUUCUUUGGUUGUUCUUCUUGGAAUAAGUAGAUUUAGUUUCAGAUCGGGAAAGUUGUAACCUUCCGAAGGAUGUGGGAACUUGCAACGGAAAGUUCGAUGCUUACUUCUACAAUCCCUCAUCCGAUUCUUGCGAGAUCUUCCAAUAUUCUGGCUGUGGUGGAAACAGAAACAGAUUCCAGAGUAAAGAACAGUGUCAAUUCUCUUGUUCUCGAGUUCAGCCGGUCGCCAAUAGUCCUAUUGGACAGGGUGCCGAGAUCACCCAACGUAAGUUGAAAGGUUAUGUCUCCGACAUAAGUGUUCGAGUUACGUAACGUCGGCUUUUCAGCAUUGUCAUCGUUGAGUGCGGCCCAGCGAUGUGAAGCUGCUCCAGAUAAGGGACCAUGUACCCGAUUCACAACCAUGUGGUUCUUCAAAAAGACUGACGGGACUUGUACUCGCUUUUACUAUGGUGGUUGUAAGGGCAACGGAAACUUGUUCAAGACGGAACAAGAAUGCAAAGACAUCUGUGGUUCCUAUCUCAGUAAGUGUUACACGGUUUUGGGUCUUGUACUCUCACCUCAUCUUUGUUAUAACUCAAAUCAUUUCAGAUGUAUGUGACCUUCCCGCCGUUAAGGGACCUUGUGGAGGACAUCAUCAGAAGUUCUACUACAACAAGGAAGCCAAGGAAUGUCAACAGUUCGAGUUCAGCGGUUGUCUCGGAAACGGAAACAACUUCGCGACCAAGGAGCAGUGCGAGGAACGGUGCUCGCGUCAGUGAUUUUAUAAUUAUUGCAUCUCUUCAGUAACCAAGUCUUAGUUUAAUUGCGUGGUGGUAAGAUCUCUCACACCCCGACUUCUCUUUCCACUGCCAAAUCCUCUUCUGUUUACGGUAAUAUCAGAUAUUCCACAUAUUGUUGACUUUUUCUCCUUAUUACGGUACAUCUGUAAUAUCGAUUCCGAAUAAAUUAAUAGAUAAAUUUUGAGGAUUCCGAAUUUCCCGUUGUGUUUAGUCCGUAUCUAGUUGUGUUUCAUCCGUUCCCGUUUGUCUAUACUUUUAUGUCAUUAAUGUGCUUGUCUUGUGUCACGUUUCCUUUGUGUUAAUCGUCCUUGUGUGUUGCAGAUCCGACUCAAGAGAUGAAGCAGUUCGAGGAGAGUGUUCAGCCGACCACCCUUCAAAUCUGUAGUAUGCCACAUGCAACUGGACCCUGCAGGUAAAUAUCCGUCAAUUGUGAUGUGUUGAGCUUUCAAUGUUCGUGCUAAUUUGCGUAUGAUAUAUGUUUAUGCAGUGACAUGAUCCGUCAAUAUUACUAUGAUAUCAACUCCCGAACCUGUCGCCAGUUUAUUUAUGGUGGUUGUGCUGGAAACGCUAACCGUUUCGAAUCGCGCAACCAAUGCCAAAAAACUUGUGGAAUGACUGAUGCUGGGCAAGUCGAAAGACUCUAUCAGAUGUAUGAAUAUCCCGCAUUCGAAGCAUUCACUAAGGUAGUAAAAGUUCACAAGAAACAUCAUCACCACGUUCAAAGAAGAGAUGAGGGAACUAAAGAUGGUUCAAGCAGGAGAGAACAGCACGAAGGGACCGCAUUGGCAGAAGCCACUGUUACGUCGGAUGGAGCUACUGAGGAGUUUGAAACGGUUCCCGAAGAAAUAACAGUACACCCUCAGAAGGUGACUGAUAUUCCAGGUACGGCAAUACCAAAAUAUUAACGAUUCCGCUUAGAACUGUGUCUGCAACCUGAAGACAAAGGCCCCUGCCAUGGCUCUAUUCUGAGAUGGAGGUUCGAUCCAGAAAGACAACAAUGCAGAUCCUUCCUAUUUACUGGAUGCAAAGGAAACUCGAACAAUUUCCAAUCAAUGGAAGGUUGUCAGCGUGCUUGCGGAGAAUACAGGCAACAGAGAGUUUGUUCGGAGCCUAAGGGAGUUGGCGAAUGUUACCUCAAAGUCCCUAAAUGGCAUUACGAUCUGAACAAAGGCGAGUGCGCUCUUUUCUGGUGGUCUGGAUGCGGAGGAAAUGGUAAUCGCUUCAGUAGUAAGGCGGAAUGUGAAAGUUUAUGUCGAGUGGAACUGCCAACUGAUGAACAUGGUAGGUAAAUGAAAGGAAACGUUUACGUUUAGAUGACGUUUGCCUGUUCGAAAAAGACAGUGGCCCUUGUCAAGACCCAAUCACCCAGUAUUACUACGACUCUCAGGAAGGAGCAUGCAAGAAGUUCACAUUCGGAGGUUGUCGUGGUAAUGCAAACAGAUUCAAUACCAAGGAAGAAUGCAGCAAAAGAUGUCGCUCGCCGGUCGGACAUAUUGUGAAGAUGCUACAGCCAAAGGGUAGGUAAUAAUUAAAAUUUGGGAUCAUCUUUAGACAUCUGCUCAAUGAAUUUUGAUUCUGGACCAUGUUCUGGAGUCGAGAAGAAGUGGUUCUUCGACAUGAACCUCGGGUUGUGUCGCUCAUUCACCUACGGAGGUUGUGGAGGGAAUGACAACCGGUUUGAUUCUGAAUUGGAUUGUUUCAAUCAAUGGUAAGAGGAGGGUUAAAUUAGAGAAAGGCAAUAAUCUUACAGUAAGAACUUCGUCGAUAUGAAGAAGGAAAGAAGAGUUCGCGCAGAGAUCGAGAUAUCCCAUAAUGCAAUGUUCAAACCUGGAGAUGAGAUUGCAAUGAAAUGCUUAUUCGGGGAAGUGGAUGAAGACGCGGUCUGGUUUAGAAACGACUCCAAGUUGGACUUAAAUGACCCGAGAUACGAGGUAUCAUAUAAUUAAAUCAUAGCAUCAAAUCAACUAACUUUAGGGAUAUGGGAACAUUCUGAAGAUAAAGAACGCAGGAAUCAACGAUAAUGGCCUUUAUACGUGCAACGCAGGAAUGAUGACAUUACUGUCUAAUCCUAAGAGAGUCGUCGUGAAAGGCAAGUAUAAAUUAAAAAUACAUACCUUCGUUUACAGAACCUUCCUACGAAGUUUGCAUCGAUCGAGGAAGCCCCAGCGUUUGCAACAUGGUACUUCGGACGAAUUUAUGUCAAAACCAAAGAUAUUACAAUUUCUGUUGCAAAACAUGCAAUCCGAACAAAAGAAAAUAA